AUGGAAUUCUAUAAUGCUAUCACGAAAUGUCAGAGCAUAAGCGUAAGCAAGUUCUUUCCCACUACUAGAAAGUGCAAGCUCCAGCUUGAAAAUGGUCUCUCAAAUGGGAAUGGUCCACGCGAUAAGGAAGAGGAGCAUUUGUUUGAGUAUUAUGUUGAAGUGAUUUGUCGUAGGAAGGUGUUCUCAGACUCGCUUUUCAACGAAUUUCGGGCUGUCACAAUUCCUCGAAGCGGGAUGUCUUCGUCUCUUUUCCAAAGCAUUAUGGCAAUAGCUGCCAGUGAUAUGGAACGGAACAACCCGGCACGUUCAGACUACUAUCGUCUGUUAACAUUGAAGUACCAGAAUAAUGCUAUCGACUUGCUCUAUAAUUCUUUGGAUAAUCCCGAUCCGAAAUGCAUGACCGUCUUGAUUAUCACCAUCAUUAUCCUCUGCUCUUUGGAGAUAGGAGAUAAUGCAACAGGACGAUGGGUCAAUCAUCUUCAAGAGGCAUGUUUAGUGAUGCAAUCUAUUGAAGAUGAGCAGAUCUUGUCUUCGACAGUUCUAUUAUUUGGUUACCGCUAUUUCGCUUUGCGCUAUUAUCUUUUACUCACCACAUUGAACCAAGAACACUACUUGAAGUUCACAUCCAACACACCGUUAAGAAUGAUCGAGUCAUUCUUUGACAGCAACAUAAUAGAUCAUCUCUUUGGGUGCUGUCCUAAGCUCAUAUUUUUGAUUCAUAACAUUGUGAAGCUCAAAAACUCACCUCAAGAAGACAAACGUGACAGUAUAUUUCAAAUCUAUAACGAGUUGGAGGAAAUUGAACAGGUGGAUCUUGAAGACGACGAGCGCCUCACAAGCUGUGCUCAGUUGUACUUAAACAUUACCAAAGUUUAUUUCCAGAAUUUGUUUAAGAUUGAUAUUUGCCAGCUUGGGGCGAGGUAUCCGAGUAUUGAAUUGAAACCCACGGACAGUAUAAUUACUGAAUCAUUCCAGCUAUUCCAUAAAUUGACUGAUAUCAACCGAGAGAAUUCAGCUUUGCUCCCCACAUGGACUUUAUUCAUUAUGGCAACAAACGGAUCCCACCAAAUUGACGACACUUUGAGGGUUAAUGUGCUCCAGAUUUUUGAUAAGAUGGAACGCUUGUGGCCCAAAGCUUCUCCAGCAGUUAUCAGAACGGCCAUUGAACUCAUUUGGAAGAGUCAAGAUUUGGGAUUUGUUGAACAGACUAACAUGACAUCUCUGGCUAGACGUGAAUUUAGUCCUUCGUGGCAAGAUGUGAUUUGCUCAUCUGGUAUGAAAUUAGCUUUGACUUGA